GUUGCCCACUGCUGGGAAGCCCUCUUUUCCGUCUCUCUGCAAUUCCGCCGUUGCGAUGGCGGCUGUACGAAUGAUAGGCAAGUCCUACUGUAAUUCCAACCAUUGAUUCAAAUUCUAAACUACGGGAACGCCUAACUGACGAUCUCUUCCUUCCAUUCUUUUCUGGAACAGAUAUUGCGGUAAACUUCACAGAUGGCAUGUUCAAAGGAAUCUAUAAUGGCAAGCAGCACCAUGUAGCUGACAUACCUGCUGUCCUGACUCGGGCUUGGAACGCAGGUGUGGAACGCAUCAUUGUCACUGGUGGGUCUCUGGAGGAGUCGAGGGAAGCUCUGGCAAUUGCCGAGACAGAUGGAAGGCUUUUCUGUACUGUUGGUGUGCACCCUACUAGAUGCAAGGAAUUUGAAGAAAGUGGGGAUCCGGAGAACCAUUUCCAAGCUCUGUUGUCGUUGGCCAAAGAAGGAAUUCAGAAAGGAAAGGUUGUGGCAGUUGGUGAGUGUGGACUGGACUAUGACAGGCUCCACUUUUGCCCUGCUGAGAUUCAAAAGAAGUAUUUUGAGAAGCAGUUUGAAUUAGCACAUGCCACAAAGCUGCCUAUGUUCCUCCAUAUGCGUGCAGCUGGCGAGGACUUUUGUGAGAUCAUGGAUCGUUACAAGGACAGGUUCACCGGUGGCGUAACGCAUUCCUUUACUGGCAGCACAGAAGAUCGUGAUAAACUUCUUGCAUUCAGAAAUAUGUAUAUAGGUGUAAAUGGUUGCUCUUUGAAGACAACUGAGAACCUUGAUGUUGUGAGGGACAUUCCCAUUGACAGAAUGAUGAUAGAGACCGACUCUCCCUAUUGUGAAAUAAAAAACACACAUGCAGGAAUCAAACAUGUAAAAUCAUCCUGGCCUUCCAAGAAGAAAGAGAAGUAUGAACCAGGGUCCAUUGUCAAAGGCCGGAAUGAACCUUGUUUAGUUCGGCAAGUUUUAGAGGUCGUGGCAGGCUGUAAAGGCAUCACUAAUACUGAAGAAAUGAGCAGAAUCAUCUACCACAACACCUGCAGAAUGUUCUUUCCGCAGGACUUGGAUUCCGCUGCAGAGUCUCUUCUUGCUGGUGGCGAUCAGGAUUCUUAGCUAACAUGAACUGUUUUCCUGCUGAUCGUGAUCAUGAUUCUCAUGGAAAAUGCCUUAUUCCCUCUUCUGCUCAACUUUUUCUAGUUGGAAUAAACCCAUUCUCAUUUAUUUUUAAGUUCCCCUGAGAAUACUUCAAACCUUGCUUUUUAUCGAGACAUCUUUGAUAUUAGUCCUGGGUUCUUUAGAGUUAUACUGAUACUUGCUCGAACGAGUCUUCAAAAAGUUGUCACUUAGUACAAAUAUAUUACAAUAUAUAUGGUCAUCCAUUUAGCAACAAUUUUCUGC